AUGUUCGGCGGCCUCUUCAAGUCGGACCCCGCGGAGGGCACGAGGAAGCGCCUGCAGCCCAUCGUCGACAAGAUCAACGCGCUGGAGGCCCAAAUGCAGGCGCUGUCGGAUGACGAGCUCCAAGCAAAGACUGCCGAACUCCAGAAGCGCGCGCAGGGCGGAGAGGACCUGGACUCCGUGCUCCCGGAAGCCUUUGCGCUCGUCCGCGAGGGCUCCGUGCGCGUCCUCGGCCUGCGCCCCUUCGACGUCCAGCUGAUGGGCGGCAUCGUCCUCCACGAGGGCAACAUCGCGGAGAUGCGCACCGGCGAAGGCAAGACCCUGGUGGCCGUGUUGCCGGCGUUCCUGAACGCGCUGUCCGGCAAGGGCGUGCACGUCGUGACCGUGAACGACUACCUCGCGCGCCGCGACAGCGAGUGGGUCGGCCAGGUCCACCGCUUCUUGGGUCUGACUGUGGGCCUGAUUCAGUCGGGCAUGGACGAGGCGACGCGGCGCAAGGGGUACGCGUGCGACGUGACGUACGUGACGAACUCGGAGCUGGGCUUCGACUACCUCCGCGACAACCUGAGCCAGAAGCGCGAGGACCUCGUCCUGCGCGCGCCCGACGCGUUCCACUUUUGCGUCAUCGACGAGGUGGACUCGAUCCUGAUCGACGAGGCGCGCACGCCGCUGAUCAUCUCCGGCGCGGCGGAGCGGCCGUCGUCGCAGUACGUCAAGGCCGAGAAGCUCGCGGGCGCGCUGGUGAAGGACGUGCACUACACCGUCGACGAGAAGCAGAAGAACAUCCUGCUCACGGACGAGGGGUACGAGGCCGCGGAGGACGUCCUGCAGGUGCCGGACCUGUACGACCCGAAGACGCAGUGGGCCGCGUUCGUCAUCAACGCGAUCAAGGCCAAGGAGAUCUUUUUGAAGGAUGUGUCUUACAUCGUGAAGAACGGCGAGGUGAUCAUCGUGGACGAGUUCACGGGGCGCACGAUGCCCGGCCGGCGGUGGUCCGACGGCCUGCACCAGGCCAUCGAGGCCAAGGAGGGCCUGAAGAUCCAGGAGGAGACCGUGACGCUGGCCAGCGUGUCGUACCAGGCGCUCUUCCGCGGGUUCCCGAAGCUGGGCGGCAUGACGGGCACGGCGGCGACGGAGGCGAACGAGUUCGAGAACACCUACGGCCUCGACGUCGUCGUGAUCCCCACGAACCGCGAAGUGAAGCGGGUCGACAACUCGGACGUCGUCUUCCGCUCCGAGCCCGGGAAGUGGAAGGCCGUCGUCGUCGAGGUGGAGCGCAUGGUCAAGUCCGGCCGGCCCGUCCUCGUCGGCACGACGAGCGUCGAGCGCUCCGAGGAGCUCGCCGCGCUCCUCGCGGAGGAGAACAUCCCCUGCCAGGUGCUCAACGCCAAGCCCGAGAACGUGGAGCGCGAGAGCGAGAUCGUGGCGCAGGCGGGCCGGAAGGGCAUGGUCACGAUCGCGACGAACAUGGCGGGCCGCGGCACGGACAUCCUGCUCGGCGGGAACCCCGAGUACAUGGCCAAGCUCAAACUCCGCGAAAUGCUGAUGCCGAGGAUCGUGUCGCUGGUGGAGUCGGACACCGCGCCGGACCUGACGUCGAAGAAGGGCGUCAAGUCCUGGAAGGCCAAGGACGACCUGUUCCCGUGCGAGCUGUCGCCCGAGACGGCGGCGGCGGCGAAGACGGCUGUGGACGCGGCGGUCAAGGCGUGGGGCGAGCGGUCGCUGACGGAGCUCGAGGCGGAGGACCGCAUCGCGGUCGCAUGCGAGAAGGCGCCGACGGACGACGAGGUCCUCGCGGGGCUGCGGGAGGUGUUCAACGCCAUGGAGGGGGAGUACAAGGUCCUGACGGACCAAGCCAAGCAGGAGGUGGUCGCGGCGGGCGGGCUGCACGUGGUCGGCACUGAGCGGCACGAGUCGCGCCGGAUCGACAACCAGCUGCGCGGCCGCGCGGGCCGGCAGGGCGACCCUGGCUCGACGCGCUUCUUCCUCUCGCUCGAGGACCAGCUCUUCCGCAUCUUCGGGGGCGACCGCAUCAAGGGGAUGAUGCAGGCGUUCCGCGUCGAGGACAUGCCGAUCGAGUCCAACAUGCUGACCAAGAGCCUGGACGAGGCGCAGAAAAAGGUCGAGGCCUUCUUCCAGGAUACCCGGAAGAACCUCUUCGACUACGACCAGGUGGUGAACACGCAGCGCGAGCGCGUGUACACGGAGCGCCGCAUGGCGCUGCUGGCGGCGGCGGACGCGCUCGACGCCCGGAUGCGCGACUACGCCGAGCAGACCGCGGACGACGUCCUGGACGCCAACAUCGACCCCGAGGUGCCCGUCGCGGAGUGGCCGCUCGACGACCUCGCGGAGAAGUAUAAGCAAUACUGCCCCCUCCUGAAGGACCUGACAGGGGACGAGCUGCGCAAGCGGGCGGGCUCCGGCGGGCCGGCGGGCGUCGAGGGGCUGCGCAAGUACCUCCGCGGCGAGGCCGUGAUGGCGUACGAGACCAAGCGCGACAUGGUGAACGCCGUCGAGGGCGGCCUGAUGACGGACGCCUCGCGCUACUUCCUCCUGCGGCAAAUCGACUCGCUCUGGAAGGAGCACCUCCAGGCGCUCAAGUUCAUCCAGACGGCGGUCGGCCUCCGGGGGUACGCGCAACGCGACCCGCUGACGGAGUUCAAGGUGGAGAGCUACGAGCUGUUCCAGGCGCUCAUGGGGCAGAUCCGGCGGAACGUCAUCUACAACGUCUACAUCUUCGAACCAGUCAAGGCCGCUGACAUCGCCCUCGAGAAAAAGAAGAUUGAGGAGACCCAGGGCGCGGUGCGCGGGUGA